AUGACCUCUAGAACAACCCUAUAUCGUUCUUCAACGGCCGCCGGUAGGCUUAGAAAAGUCUACCAGCGGCCCUUCGCAGCAGUUGAACAUUUCAAGUGCAACUACUCGCACUCAUCAGCCGACAAACGGUGUCAAGAGCCUGACGCCAUCGAAGCUCAAUUGGACUUCAGAAAGUUUCUCGACAUUCUUCGCUACGAUAACGACCUUGCCGAGAUCAAUGACGAGGUUGACCCGCACUUAGAGGUGGGCGCCAUCGUACGCAGAGUCAGUGAGGUCAACGAUAAAGCGCCAUUAUUCAACAACGUCAAGGGCACCCGCAAUGGAUUGUGGCGCAUGUUUGGAAAUGCUGCCAGUCUACGGCAAGAUGAAGUCGAGAGAUUCGGACGUGUUGCCAGAAACCUGGGUCUACCACCCAAGUCAAGCUGGAAAGAAAUAUCAGACCGAUUCAUGUCUUGGAAGAAGGCGGCUCCGUUGCCGCCAAAGGUCCUCCAGACUGGUCCAUGCAAGCAGAACAAGAUGUUUGGCGAUGAGAUCAACCUGGAAGAUUUGCCGGCGCCGUACCUUCACGAGGGUGACGGCGGCAAGUAUUUGCAGACGUACGGAAUCCAUGUUCUCCAAACGCCGGACAAAUCUUGGACGAACUGGUCAAUCUUCCGCGGCAUGGUGCACGAUCAGAAGCAUCUGGUUUGUCUUGUCGGCAGUGGACAGCACAACUCCAUCAUCCGCGACAAAUGGAUCGAGAAUGGGAGCAACGAGAUGCCCUGGGCGCUUGCCUUGGGGGUCCCUCCCAUCGCCAGCAUUGUUGCGUCAAUGCCCGUUCCAGAGGGCGUAUCUGAGAGUGAAUACAUUGGGGCCGUGACUGGAAAACCCCUCGACAUGGUCAAGUGCGAACUGAGUGACUUACUGGUUCCCGCAAACAGCGAAGUCGUCCUCGAGGGCACUAUGUCUUUCACAAAGAAAGGGCCGGAAGGUCCGUUCGGUGAUUAUCUAGCCUUGGUCUUUGAUAAUGAACAGAAGAUGGGGCCCUUGUUCCGAGUUGAGGCAAUUACCUACAGAGAUAACCCUAUCCUUCCCAUAUCCUGCCCGGGAAAUAUUGUAGACGAGUCUCUCCUGAGCUUCUUCUGUUAUGCCAAGAACACGGUCUCCCCAUCAAAGAAGCUUUCGCUCCCGUCGAGACACUAG